UUUAUAUAAUAAUAAUUAUUAUAUGUAUGUGUUGAAUGUCAAUGCUGAAUCGGGUCAAUAUAUAGGGGUGUGAAUAUACUGUGUCACAGACGUGACGUGAACACUUCUAGAUACUGGCGGGUGCAGACUUUUCUUUGAAUCGCAGAAACUUAGAAAAUGUUAGAAUCUAUUGUAAAACAGAUUACCCUGUCUUGGACAAGUCAAGCACUGUUACUGGGUCUAACAGUUGGUCUGGUUACGUAUUAUACAUUUGGAAAGAAGAAAUACAAAUUGCCCCCAGGACCCUGGGCGCCUCCUUUGUUAGGUCACCUAAGAGAAAUAAAUUCUCCUCCACCAAUCUUUAAAAAGUUAUUAAAAUGGAGAAAAGAAUACGGUCCAGCAAUCACGAUAUAUUUUGGUCCAUUAAAGUGUGUAACAUUAAACAGUGCUGAUUCUGUCAAUGAAGCAUUAGUAAAGAAAGCAGCUGAUUAUGCUGGUAGACUUCAGACUUGGUCAAUGGGUCAUAUAUCUGAUGGUUACAAGAACAUUGUAUUUUCUGAUGUCAACCCGUCAUGGAAACAACUUAGAAAGAUUGGCCUUCAAGGUCUAAGGCAAUGUCUCUCGGGAAAUAAACUAGAAGAGAAAUUAUUUGAAUCCACAUCUAAGGUGAUGAGAAGAAUACAAGAAGAAAAUGGAAAACCAGUCGAUAUACAGAAAUACAUCAGUUUAUUGGUUUUUAAUUUACUUCAUGGUGUCUGUUUUAAUAAAAGUUUCGAUAUAGACGACCAAUUAUUUUUGAAACUAUUGAAUGUUCUGGACGAGGCUACCAAUGAUUUUGGAAACGGAUUCUUUGAAGAUGUUUUUCCACCACUUCGGAGAUACCCCACGGCAAAAUUUAGGAAGAUUAUGUCAACGUUUGCUUAUUUCCAGAAUUUCAUAAAUGAUGAAUUCAAUAAACAUUUUGAGAAUUUUUCAGAAGAUAAUAUGAACGACAUUACAGAUUUUUUGCUCAAUGCCAGAAAACAAGCUGUUCUGGAAGAUCCUGCUGUAGAGUCGAUUAUCACUAACAGUCAUCUCUCCCAAACCGUUAAGGAUAUAUUCAUUGCUGGUGUUGAUACAACCAGACAAACUAUCACCUGGACUAUUCUAUUAUUAGUAACACAUCCAGAAAUACAGAAAAAAGUUCAAGAUGAAUUAGAUCAAGUAUUAGAUGCUGGACAAGCCCCCACCUUAGGUGACAGAGAAAGACUAUCCUACACCGAGGCUGUUUUACACGAGAGUAUGCGACUGUGUCCAGUUUUACCAAUUGGAUUACCACAUACAACCCGCUGUGAUACAACUAUUGGUGAAUACGAGAUACCUAAAGGUACUAUGGUGGCGAUCAACCACUGGGCGCUUCACAACGAUCCCGAAGUUUGGAAAGAUCCCGAUGUCUUCAGACCAGAAAGAUUCCUGGACGAAUAUGGAAAACUGGAGCCUAAAACUAUGUCAUGGCUGCCAUUUUCUGCUGGACGUAGAAAUUGUUUGGGUGAAACUGUUGCUAGACCCGAAUUGCAUCUUAUGUUGGCUCUACUUCUGAGGAAUAUGAAAUUUAGUUGUCCAGAUGGUCAAACAAUGGAUAUGAAUCCAUUGGCUACUAACAGUUCAAUCUCCUUUGUUCCUCCUUUAAACUAUGUGAUCGCAGAGCAGAGACAAUAAAUUGGUUGCACAGAAGGGGGUGGGACUAGGAAAUUAAACUCGUAGUUUCUGAAUUAUGGGACCUGAAGGAAUGUUCUAGCCCGUCUACACAAUAACUAGUAUCUAUCCACACCUUUUAAUUGUCUAUGAAACAGACUAAUGACUAUUUGUUAUGUUUGUGAUAUUAUUAAUCAAUAUGAAAUAAUGAUAUAAUAGGUAGUAGUGUAGAGGCUACUGUAGGGUGUAGACUAUGAUUUAAAUUUAAAAGUAGUCCAUAAAUUCAGCAAAUUUAGACCUGAUGUAUAUAUGACUAUUUGUUAUAUUUGUUAUAACAUGUAAUAAUAACACUGGUGAGGUCAAUGCUGCAGUAGGGAUGGCCUAGGAUUUAUAAACGUAUCCCAUAACCUUAGACUGGAGUAUUCUUAUAAUGACUCUUAUAAAUGACUAACAAUAAGGUAGUUUUGAAAUGUUUACACUCAAAAGAAUAGUUCAUGUAAAUGUUAAGUGAAGACCUGCAAAUUGUUUAUAAAAUUCAAAGAAAUAAAUAAAUUCCAAUUCCAAUUAA